AAUUGCAAUAUGUUUCCAUCUGGGUUUGUAUCCCAUGUUUGCUUCAAGAACCCUUUUGUUAGCGUUGAACCAAUUGUUUCUUCUUCUUCUUAUUCUUUGACCGAUCUAACCAUUAAAUUCAAUUUUAGUAUACUAAAACGAUUUUGGUAUAUUAGACCUAAAGAUGAAGCAUCCGAAUACCGAGGUAGAAUAUGGGAGGACUGUUCAACCAAGUCCACCCAAAUUAUUAAUCAUCUUUCCGACACCAUGCUCUAUGAGAAACUUGAUAACGCUCUAUCACAAGUGUCCAUGCAUUUUAAACACGAUUUUGAAGAUCAACAACACGUUAUAGUCGAACAAACAGCUCGUAAGUUGCUAAGCAUCACGACUACUAGUGAGAUGUCAGAGGUAUGUGUGGAUGUGGAAUUACAGAUUGAUCACUAUUGCGAUGGUAGAAUUAUGUUAGCAUUGGAAGAAUCAUCAUCUGUGGAUGGAAUGGUGCCGGCUAGUGAAUCAUCUAUAAAGUUGCUAGAGCCGAUGGAAGAUGAUGAAAGAAAUAGCAACGAUGAGUGUUUGGUAUGUCUAGAUGAGUUAGGGGAGGAAACUAAUGUAUUGCGGUUGCCUUGCUCUCAUAUGUUUCAUGCUCAGUGUAUAACAAAGUGGUUACAGAAUAGCCAUUAUUGUUCUCUUUGCCGCUUUGAGAUGCCAACGGAUUAGAUAAAACUACCUAAAGGAUCAAUAAUGUAA